AUGUGAUUGCAGAGAGUUUCCUCUGCCCUCUUGUGGCAAGAGAAAAAUCUUCACUUUGUCAUUGAAAACAUUCCUGUGCUCUAUAAACCACCAGUUAUGUUUUCAUCACGGAUGACUGCAAAGGUUUCAGUUGAUGGAGUGCAAAGCACCACACACGAGAAGCAUGAAACAGAUGUUUCAGCACAGACCCAGCCAAGAAUCAUAACAAGAAUCAUGUAAGAAGCAUGCAAAAAGCCACAUUAACAAAAGAGGGUGUGUCUGUGAGCUUCCCCUAAUUCCAUGUUUACAGAAAUAUUAGCCUCAACCAGAACAAGCCAUCAAAAUAAUUACAAUAAAUAAGAAACUGACCAUUUUUGGAUCCUUGAAUAAAAGCCAUCAACUCCACACUCCAUAUAAAAGCCCUGCAUUAACAAUUUAUAUAAUAAAAUAUAAAUACACAAAGUAUCAGAACUUUUGCAAACAUAAUUCAACUUUAUUUUGUUAUAAUUCUAUAAAAUGUGUUUGCCGUUAUAUCUGACUAAGGUGGGCCUUUCCUAUUUGCUAGUUAAAAUUGAAUUUGAAAUUGUGCGUGAUAUUUAAAUUCUUCCUCACGGCUUGAUGAUAAAACCUAAUCUACACUACAGCUGAGUAAAAAGAGACAAUCAUCUUCAUCGAGGACCAAAAGUAUGAAUGGAAACUGUACAAGUAAGCCAACUUGGCAAUGUAGAACAGUCGGUGUACAUGGAGCAAGUAUUUCCACUCCAACAUCGAUGAUAAAGCGUAUGUAUGAGCAUCGUUUGUCAUCUCUUAAUGAGGUGCUCCUUACAUAUUCAGCCUUGAGCUUGAUAUGGUACGUGUGGACUGAAUAUUUAAAGCCUCUUUAAUCAGCUGGAUAAUGAGUUAUGGCAUAUUCAGGGGCUUCGUCUCUAUGUGUGCAGUUAAUUGUGAAUGCUGCAUGUGUGGACAUUUUACGGUACAUGUGGAUGGUGUCAUUGGAAGAAGCAAAAUCAUUUAUAAUUAGCUGGUGUGUUUAAGUAUGAGCUUGGAUGUACAGCUCUUUGAUAUUCCAUAUAUACCAUAGCUCCUAUGCUCAUUGGAGGAUGCCAGACUUUGGUGUGGCUUCAGAUGUGGAAGUACAGCUCCAUUUUGGUCCUUCAAUGGCCUCACUCACAGCCUGGACAAACUUGGGAGGCGAGAUCACACAGACCUCAGUGGCGUCCAUCAUUGGCUACGUUCACUGUCCUCGGCUGAAGGAUGGGUGUUCCUUAUAAAUGAGGUUGCUUUCAUCUGCAAGUUUUCCCACCAUUUCUCGCCUACGUAGUGCCACAUAACGGAGCUGAUGAUGUUGCGUGGGUUUCGGCCGUUUUUGCAUCAGCCAACAAUGUGUGUUGUCUUGGACUGAAAUUAAAGAGCGUUCAGCUUCAGCUCUGUUUUUUUUUUUUGUUUUUGUUUUUUCUGCGAAAAAAAUGAAUGAACCCUGUCAUUUAACUCUUAACAUCAGCUCUGGGUUACAGUCUACAUUGUAGACUCUGUUUCCUGUGCUAUACAAGAGUCCAGUCUGUUUCCGUUAUGCCCCCCUUCUAAUUGCCCCAAAGAUACAAGAGAUUUGGGUUUCCUGAGCCCCAGCACACCACAGGGUCCCAAGCAGGGGCAUGGACAAAUAUUCUGCUGUAUUUGUCGACCACAUUUAAACCAAGAGGCACAUAAAAAAGAGAAAAAACAAGCCUGUCUUAACACAGUCUAUCAAACUGUGUUGGGUAUUUUAUGAGGCUGAUUUAUAGAGUUUACUGGACUCUUACAGCUCACCACAGACAUCUUAAUCUAACAACGGUUUGCUGUUUGCCAAAAUUAAAAUGUGCUACUCUGUUGCUGGAAAUGUGUCAAGAGUUGAUGUUUACAAAUAUUUUGAGUGAUUAGUUGUACAAAACGAUGUUGAUUGCUCUUGAAUUGAGUGCAUUCUUUAUUUGGAUACCUGUACUAGACUUGUUAUGCCCCUACUUGCUGGGUGCUUAACCCUGCAUCAUGAUAAACAGGCCUAGAUAAGUUAUGUCUUCAUGCAGUCUUCCAACUGGAGCAAAGUUGGCUGUUUAUUAAGUGUGCAUGAACGCAUAAAACCCACAAUCCACGCAAUUAUUGUUCCACCACUGAUUUUUUUUAAUUAGCCAUGAGGCUUGUGCGGGUGCCAGGAGUGACUCACAAGGAAGCAUUAGAACAGGAAAAUAAAUAACUACAGCAUAAGGAAAUAGUGACGCUGGAUGUGUGGAAGGCUGUAUAGCGUAAAACAUCUGGGCUACAUGCAUCCUUAUUCUGCUAUUAUUCAUUUCAUCAGUCAUCGACAGGAAACACUGGUGGACUAAAAUAGUCUCGAUAUUCUCAAUAUUCUUGCUUGUUUUCAAGUUGACAUUGAUAUUUAAAGUUUUGUAAUAGGCUGAAAUAAAACUAAUAUAUUUAAAAUCACUUCCUCCCACCAGUCAUGGCAAUUUUCUGCUCUUUCCUCUGAUUAUUUAUCUUCACGCUUUUGGAGACUUGUCAGUAAUUUAACUCUUCCGAUUCAGUACGUCACGUAAAGCCACCAAUCACCCUGCUUGUUGUUAUUAUCUAGAAAGUGAGUUGCAUGUUUGAUGCCGUGCCAGCAAAAACGUAAAAUCGCGUAAUUGGUUACGCAGUGGAGUUUCUGUUAAAUGCCUCUCCAGCUGGGUUGACUCCCCCCUCAGCACUGAGCUCUGUCAUCCCAUAACACUGCUAGCACAGAGCGACCUUUUGGAACUCUUUAAAAGUUUCUGGUGAAUUUUUAGGGGAGCUUCUUUUUCAGUCUGAAACAUGUUUUGGUUGCUGUUAUGCGCAAUCGUAGCCUUUGCAGCCGUGCCGGCGGAUGCGCAAAUCUCCAGCCGUUAUGUUGUCGGAUGUCCUUCCCGGUGUGAUAAGUCGAUGUGUCCUCGGCUACCAGCGGACUGUCCGACAGGACAAACCCUCGACGCCUGCCACUGCUGCCCGGUGUGCGCCUCCGGUGAAGGCGAAGCCUGCGGCGGCAGUGGGAAGCUCGGCGACCCAGUGUGCGGAGAGGAGCUGGAGUGCUCGGUCUCCGGCGGGAUUGCAUACACUGUGACGGUGAGGAGGAGAAGCAAGAGUGGGAUUUGCGUGUGCAAAACCACCGAAGCGGUUUGUGGAAGCGAUGGGGUGUCCUACCGGAAUAUCUGCGAGCUGAAGAGGGUCAGUCGACGGGCGCAGAAAUUGCAACAGCCACCUGUUCUUUUCAUUCAGCGGGGAGCCUGCGGGAAAGCUCAAGACAAUCCAGACAGCCCGAGGCACAAAUACAACUUCAUUGCCGACGUGGUGGAGAAAAUUGCUCCGUCUGUGGUUCACAUUGAACUUUACCGCAAGAUGACUUAUUCCAAGCGUGAAGUGGCAGUGGCCAGUGGUUCUGGUUUUGUUGUGUCUGAAGAUGGCCAAAUUGUGACCAAUGCCCACGUGGUGGCCAAUAAACACAGAGUGAAAGUGGAGCUAAAGAGCGGCGCCUCCUAUGAUGCCAAAAUCAAAGACGUGGAUGAGAAAUCAGACAUCGCCCUCAUUAAGAUCGAUGCACCGACCAAGCUUCCUGUACUUCUGCUGGGCCGUUCGUCAGAUUUGAGGCCAGGAGAGUUUGUGGUUGCUAUUGGCAGCCCAUUUUCCCUCCAGAAUACGGUUACUACAGGAAUUGUUAGCACUACUCAGCGAGGGGGCAGAGAGCUAGGCCUUCGCAACUCUGACAUGGACUACAUUCAAACUGACGCCAUCAUCAAUUACGGCAACUCUGGAGGCCCUCUGGUCAAUCUGGAUGGUGAAGUGAUUGGGAUUAACACGCUGAAGGUGACAGCGGGCAUCUCCUUUGCCAUACCCUCGGACAAGAUUCGACAGUUCCUGGCCGAGUCAUACGACAGGCAGUCCAGAGCCUUAGGGAGAACAGAAGCAAAGAAGAAGUAUAUUGGUGUGAGGAUGAUGACUCUCACUCCAGGGCUAGCCAAAGAGCUGAAGACUCGACUCCGCGACUUCCCUGACAUCACCUCGGGAGCUUAUGUUAUGGAGGUCAUUGCAAAGACACCAGCUGCAAUCGCUGGACUCAAAGAGCAUGAUGUCAUCAUCUCAAUCAACGGCCACAGGAUUUCAACAGCAACUGAUGUCAGCGCCGCCAUCAAGAGAGAUGACACCUUAAAAGUGGUUGUGCGCCGUGGCAAUGAAGACGCCAUCCUCACUGUUGUUCCCAUUGAAAUUGACCCUUGACCCUCCAGAAAUCACACCACAGUUGCUGGAGCUAGCUUUUACUUAUCACCAGUGGACCUUAUAUCGGAGGGGUUUUUUACUGACGCACCCUCUCCCUGUGGCCAAAGGCCGGUGGUGCCUCACAUCCAGGAAAAUUCUGGCAUUGCCUUGAAAGGAAUGACUGUACGGAUGCUUUAAAAGCAGUGCUGUACUUUGUUUUCCCUGUGUGUUCUCAUGUUUAGACUUUAAUGCUUUGAUCAAAGCUACUACUGUGUGUUCUUAAACCUUAAAAAAAUAGUCAUUGGCAUAGUGUUUUCACCUGCUUACUCGUUUUGUUGUUGUUGUUGUUUUUUUAAUGUACUGUUGCUCAGUCAGGCUGACUGAAAUUUGAAGCAAUUUUAAGCAACUUGCUGAGCAAAUCAUAUUUGUAAAAUUGUUGUUUUCUAAACUCCCCCCCUUUUUUUUAAAGUACUGUAGAAAUACUUUGUUGUUUAUGUGAUGUAUACUGGAGAAGAAAAUAAAGGUUUUCUACCUCCAUU